AUGGAAUGGGACAAAGCUAUUUUCGUCGGAGAAAUGUUGGAGGGAAGGGCGCCUCAUUGGCGUGGAAGGAGCGGGAAGGCGGGGCCACAGCAGUUCCCGCCCACCCCGGCAGCGACCCGUGGCUGCUGGGCGCUGAGGCGGCGGCGAGGCCUGGCCCUUGCCAUGGUUCCCGUUCUCCCCGGCCUGUAUCUGAGCGGCGCCGGUGGCGGCUUCCCGGAUGGCGCGUCGGCCUCCGCGCUGCUGCUGGUGGACUCGGAGCCGCCCGAGGCCUCGGCGGCAGCGGGGCUGGAAGCGGUGCUGCACGUGCAGGCCCUGGACCAGCCCGAGGCCGACCUGCUGAGCCACUUGGACGCCUGCGCCUCCUUCAUCAGCCGCGCGCGGGAGCGGGGAGGGGCCGCCGUGGUGCGAUGUCAAGCUGGAGUCAGCCGGAGUGUUGCUGUCGUGACUGCCUAUUUAAUGAAAGCCAAUAACCUCCCUUUUGAAGAGGCCUAUGCCUUUGUUCAGGCCAUCAAACCAGAUGCCAAAAUGAAUGAAGGCUUCGAGUGGCAACUGAAACUCUAUGAAAAAAUGGGAUGUGAAGUCAAUGUAACCAGUCCUGUUUACAAACAGUAUCGUUUGCAAAAGGUGACAGAGAAAUAUCCUGAGCUACGAAAUCUGCCGCUAGAUGUCUUUGCAGUUGAUCCAAACACUGUACAGGAAACUCCAAGCACUGAGGUUCUGUACAGGUGUAGAAAGUGCAGGCGCCUGCUCUUUCGAAGUUCAAGCAUUUUGUCUCAUGAUGAAGGCAAGGGACCUGCCACUUUUGCUCAUAAGAGGCUUUCGAGACCUGCCCCUUUUCACUGUGAUGACCAGUCUAGGUGUACUUCUUACUUCAUUGAGCCCAUGCAGUGGAUGGAACCUGCACUCUUAGGAGUGAUGGAUGGACAGCUUCUGUGCCCAAAAUGUACAUCAAAGCUGGGCUCCUUCCAUUGGCAAGGUGAGCAAUGUUCGUGCGGCCAUUGGGUGACCCCUGCCUUCCAAAUUCACAAGAGCCGUGUGGAUGAAGUAAAAGGACUGCUGCCCAUGAGUAAUCUGCAGACUGUAAAAAGGUGAACUUGGUUUGUACUUCCGCAGUCCAGUCAGUGGCCUCGUUCCUGUAUAGUGCUCCCUAUGGGUUUACAGCAAGUCAUACGUACGACAGCAGCAGUUGAACUCCACGUUGAGUGUUUCCAGAAAAGUCAUUUUGUACUAGAAUACCUAGACUUCAUGUGUCAUUUAAAAAAAAGGAAAAAAGAAAGAGGGAGCAGGCCCUAGGGGUAAGCCAGAGCUGGGGGCAAGAUUAGGACCGUGGCAUGUGGUAAUUAACCAUUCUCUCUGCAUCACAGUUCUGAUAAAAAUCUCACCUCCCUACUCUUCCUGUAGGCUAUGGUCCUGACUUUUAUCAGCCUCCCCCAUCCCCAUGCCUACGGUUUCUUCGAAACAAAACCAAGAUGUGUGCAAUGCAAUUUGUUGUUUGUCCCUAGCUCUUUCACUUGUUUUGUCAAGAAAUUUUCCGAAAUGUUCUGCAUCCAGAGGGUUUUCAUAAACAAACCCGCUUGGUUUUAGUGUCCAAAUGACUAUUAAGGAAAAGUAAUUAGGGAGACUCUGCAGCUGUUAGAUUGUUAUAAAAUAGCAUUCUGAAAUUUGAUAGUUUUGGUGCGAAAUAUGAUUGGAUGUUUGGGAAUACAGAACAGGAAGAGUACUACUCACGAUGAUGCAGGCGUGCCAGCCACUGGAUGCCUGAUGUCUAAUUAUCACUUUAAACUGGAUUAUAACUUGGAAAAGGACUAUCAGAAAAAUCGCUUUGUGAGUGUCUCUGGUGACUGUUGCGUUGAUUUAUCAGCAAUAAGUUAUAUGCUAUCCUACAUCAUGAGGGUUUCUAACAAUCUGUUGUGAAAUGGAUCCAAAUUACAGGUAGUCAGCAUUUGCUGAAUCACUUGACUGACAAAGAUUAGUCUUGGUUUCUAGGUCAUUUACUGAAAGGGCUUGUAAUCUUCUUCCAACAAGGUAUUACGUGCUGUAUGCAAAUUGCAUUUUGAAAUUAAAAAAAAUUCUGAAAACUUGGUGUGUGAGUUAAUGGUAGGGGAGGGGAAUUGGCAGGUUGUUACAUUACAGAGAUGCUCAGUUGUCGAAGAUAAUUAAGUAUAAUAAUAAUAUAAUAAUAAUUUAUUAUUUAUACCCCACCCAUCUGGCCGGGUUCCCCCAGCCACUCUGGGCGGCUUCCAACAAAACAUUAAAAUACAGAAAUCCAUCAAACAUUAAAAGCUUCCUGUCGCGGUCACCCUGACCUGCGCAGCACCCCCGGACGUUUUACGGUCUAUUGAUGAUGCACCAACGACAAAGUAAAUAACCGCUGUCACUUAUUAAUCACUUCAGACCAGGAUAUUCUGCAAUUAAAAAUAUGUUGUUUUAUUGUUGGUACAUAAGCGUAAUGGUUUCAGUAUUUGUCUUAAGAUUGUUACAAAUAACAGAUGUUUCCUAUACCGGCCUAUUACCGCUAAAGAAACUAAAUGUAUCUGUAAAUAAACACACAAACUCUUUAUCCUGACUGAUUAAUAACCCACACCAUCUAUGCCUCACCUCAAUAUUAAACCAGCUCUAUCUCUUCUAACAACCAACUGAGUACUUCUCCAACUGACUACCAACUCACAAACCACCUCACGAACUCUGACUACCUGACUCCAGGGGUGGGGUUUUUAUACUCUGCCAGAGCCCACCCCCUUGGGUUCUAACAGUUCUAUUUGGAUUAACCCUUAGUAACCUGGCUUACCUUUAGGCUGAUCGCCACACUUCCCUAAACAGGGCUGCCAUAGCACUGCCUGCAGAUCUAAAGCAAGAUGACAAAUACUAAAUACGCUUUUGCAGUAUAUUUUCAAUGUUAGGGAGUUUAUAAGGGCUGGACUGCUCACCUCAACUGAUAGGGGACUUGCAACUUGCACAUCUUGGAAGUACAAGUAUUUGUUGUUAAAUAUAUGCACAUUGCCUACUUUAUGUAUGUUUCAUCCUUUUCCAUGGGACACGGUAUUGCUUAAUUCCCCUUGAGCAAUUGGUUCCAAAUAUAUUUCCAUGUUUCCUUAUUUUGCAUAUUCUGGUUUUUUAAAAAAAACAAAAGCUGAUAUUUUAAAACAAAAGCUGAGAUUCUUGUGAAAUAGAUUUUAGAAAUGAAAGGUGACACAAAUUAGGCCUAGGCAUUGGACAGCCAUAAAAUUGGAAGGGUCGGUUGGUAAAACUCUGAGAUUGAAGGAGUUAACGCCGACAAUUCCCAUAAUCCCUGACCACUAGUUCCUGCUAGCUAGGGAUCAUGGGAUCUGUAGGCCAAAAACAUCUGGAGGGCCAAGGUUGAGGAAGCCUGAUUUAGUGGAUGGGUAUGGUUUUUUUUUUUUUUUUUAGUGUAUGGAUGUUUAGUGAGGCAGACACUAGUUCAGGUAAUACAUUUGUCCAAAGGUUAGAAAGAGGCAAAUUUGUAAGAUUAUAGCAGGUCUUUCUUGGCUCAGAAAUAUACAGUAUUUGGGUUAACACAGAACACUUAAGCAAGCUAGAAAUGUGUCUGGAUAAAAUGGUGGCCCCUCUCUCCAUCACUAGAAGAGUUGCGUGUAGAAUUCUGUAGCUGAUGAUAAGGGAUUAAGAUCAGGACUGAAUGUAAUUAGAUUAAUUAAGAAUUUGGAAGCAGGAAGAAAUGAAAACUUUGCACCCUGAAAUCCACCACAUGGGAAGCCACAGAAAAUGUACAAUUGGCUUUAUAAUCGAUACAUACAGUGGUACCUCGACUUCCGAAGGUUUCGACUUCCGAAGUCCACUAACCCGGAAGUAUUUUCACCGUGUGUGUGUUGUGCGCAUGCGCAAAAUGGACGCUUCGACUUCCGAAGAGCGCCGCGGAACAGAUCGCCUUCGUAAGUCGAGGCACCACUGUAUUUGAAUAUGAAUUGUAACUUGAAACUGAAAAAAUGUGGCCGUUAUUGGAUUUUAGUAAUCGAAAAUUGAUAAAAAUUAUUUACAAAAAAUAAAGAAGAGUUGUGUGUAACAUGAAAGCCCAUUUACAAAUUAAGAAACAGAAAGGGAAACAUUGAGGUUUGACCUGCGUUGGCAUAGUAGAACUUUGCAAAAUGCUGCAGCACACCUCAUCCUGGUGUAAGAAGCUGUACCAUCAAAACCAAACUCUGCUAUAAUCUGUUUUUGCUUUCACUGUUCUUGAGAAGUGCACUGAAGGAAAAGUUCAGGCUCCAUGGCUUGUGCUGUGGUUAAGACACACCUGUGUUGCUCAGGGGAGCUAAAAGGCUUCCAGCUCUUGAACUUUGACCACGGCUAUGAAAUGAUCAUAGCCUCUUGGGCUUGGGGGGGAUUUUUCAAGGUACCGUACUAUUCCCCAUGCGUGUCCAAAAAUGAUAAACCUGGGCCUCUUGCACAGUGAUGUGUAUAAUAGUGCAAGAAUAAAUCCACUGUUUGUGCUAUUGAAGUUUCUGACUGCUAUAUAGUUCAGACAACGCACAGAGAACUAGAAAUUCUUACAUUGUUACAGUAGCGAUAAAUUGCCGGUCCAAUAAAACAUUCACUGAUUAGUAAUCAAAUAACAUUCAGUAUUCCCAACAAAGUGCCUUGUAAUUGUGCUAGACAUCUGGAAAUUUUUUUAUUCUCUCACCAGGAAAUUACUGUGUCCUACACAUUUUAUUGCAUUUGCUGUAUGUUUUCUUGAUGUAAGUUUGCUGGCUCAUUCUUGAGAGAUGCUUCUUCAUUUAUGGUGCUCAACUAUCCCAAUACAGUGCAUGUCCUACAUUGCCGAUUGCAGCCCUCGGCUCCUUUGGGAGAAAGGAUGGGAUAUAAGUUUAAUUAAUAAUAUUGUUUAUUCAGAAGUAGUCUCGCCAGGUUCAGUGGGAUUUACUCCAAGUAAUCAUUUGUCAAGGGAUGGGUGGCGCUGUGGUCUAAACCACUGAGCCUAGGGCUUGCCGAUCAGCAGUUUGAAUCCCUGCGACGGGUUGAGCUCCCGUUGCUCGAUCCCUGCUCCUGCCAACCUAGCAUUUCGAAAGCACGUCAAAAGUGCAAGUAGAUAAAUAGGGAAGGUAAACGGUGUUUCCGUGUGCUGCUCUGGUUUUGCCAGAAGUGGCUUAGUCAUGCUGGACACAUGACCCGGAAAAACUGCGAACAAACGUCGGCUCCCUCGGCCAGUAAAGCGAGAUGAGCGUAGCAACCCCAGAGUCGUCUGCAACUGGACCUAAUGGUCAGGGGUCCCUUUACCUUUACCUGUAAUCAUGUGUAGGAUUGAGGAGCGAUUUUUUGCAAACCAGCUAGCUUCAAGAUUUCUCGACUGCAGCUUUUUCAAGGUUUCGUUUAAUUUGUUCUUACGAGUUGAUGAAAACAACUGUUUAAAAGCAUUUUGGGUUAAACGAAGUCAAAUAGUAAUAGAAAGCUGAAUAAGUUGUCAGCAACGAUUAGCUUUACGUUUUAAAUGCUAAUUGUUUUGAGCUGUGUUGAAAUGGAUUUAUGCAUUGUUGAAUAAAAAGUGACAUCUAGAGGUGGUUCGUAUUACUGCACUUUUUGGUUUGGUUGAUAAUGGUUCUUAGUAAAUUCUACUGUUUACGUUUGUCAAAUAAAGCUGUACAAAAUAUAGUUGCCUAUUAUGUUCACUUUGUGGUUUUCCCAUCCAUUCAUUAUAAAUUACUGGACAGAUUUCUUAACCUAGGACGAUUAAUUUAAGGUCAGUAGAAUAGCCUGGCUGGAUCAGAAAAGUAUAGCUAUUUAGUCUGCAAUUACAAUCCUUUGUUUUUCCUUUUUUUUGGAAAAUGCAGGAAAUGUUGCUGCCAACCAUGUUGUCCUUCUAUGUUUCCCCCAUUCUUUUUCCUGUUCUAUGUUGGAAGUUCAUUUGUUGCAAUUUACUCGCUAAAAACGAAUAGGGCUGCAGUGGAAUGCAUGGAGGCAUUGCUCACGCAAGUGUUGUUCUGCCUUCUGCACAUUGACACCUGUGUGAUGUUUCCAGAGGUUAGACCUGGGACCAUGCUUGCACACUUACUCCUUCAUGCAACUCUUCUGCUGCUGGAGCAUGCAUGCCAUUGCUGUGCCAUGACCCACAAUAACCGUUUCGAAAAACUAAAAAAUUGCUUUAGACAGUAAAAGACAAAAACAGUGGGUCUUUUAUUAAAAGAAUAGUAAUUGUGCCCACACAGGUCUCUGGCCCAUAGGCUUAGGUGAUUUCCAGGCCAUGCCCUCCCUUCUCGG